CUCCGCCCCCAUCUCCUAAACUCCGCCUCCGCCCUCCGCGAGCACUUCGCCAUCAACACCAUCGCUCCAUCCUCCUCUUCCAAGCCAUCCUCCCCUCCUCAAACGCUCCGCCUCCCCGAAAUUCCUCGCCCUCAGCACGCUCAUCGACAGCAUUUCCGCCCAAGAUCGCCUUCCUGGAAACUUAUCGCCGUACGGUGCGAGCAAGGCUACUCUGAACUGGGUGGUGAGGAGGAUCCAUAUGGAGGAAGAGUGGGUGUGUGCGUAUGUGGGGCAUCCGGGAUUGGUGUUGACGGAUAUGAGUAUUGAGGCUUUUGGGGAGGAGGCGGUGAGGCGGAUGGGUAGUAUCACGGUUGAACGGAGUGUCGAAGGGCUUGAGGAAUCUGGACGAAGCAACAAGAGAGAAAACGGGGGGUGUUUUCAAGAGCUGGGUAUGGAAGUGCGCUGCCUUGGUAGAUGUAGUGGGUUGGUAGAUAAGGGGUGGGUGUGAUGGUUCGCGGCACAAGGUGUGUCAGUGAUUGAUUGGAUAUAGUGUGCGUACUCAAAUUGUGUAUGAUCUUCUUGCAUUACUCUGUCCUUUUUGAAGUUCGAGAGACGGGUUUCUAACACCUUUCUUCUUCAACAUUGCAAA